AUGCGCUACAUAUCACGCUCGUUACCUCACAUUCCUGAGAACACGAACGGGCAGAUCAUCCACGUUCCUGUAGAUCUAUUGAAGGGGCCGGAAGAAAUUUCAGCGGCACUCAGAGAAGCCCAAGUGAAGGCGGACUACGUGUUCUUUCUCGCCUACCUACAGCCGGCUCCCAAGCCAGGAGCGUCUUUGUGGUCUAAUACUGAUGAAAUUAAUGCAGUAAAUAGCUAUAUGCUUUCCAGCGCCCUGCAGUCGCUCUCACUAACGUCAAUUCGCCCUCGUCGCGUUGUUCUUCAAACAGGUCUCAAGCAUUAUGGGACACAUUUGGGUCCAACGCCCAUUCCGAACAUGGAAUCUGCAGCUCGACUUUCAUCCCCACCCUUUCCACCAAAUUUCUACUACAAGCAAGAGGACUUGCUCUUUGAAUUUUGCCAAAUCCACUCUCCUUCCACCUCAUGGAACGUCAUUCGGCCGUCUUGGGUGCUCGGUGCCGUCCCGGAUGCGACUAUGAAUAUUUUAUAUCCCCUCGCAAUCUAUGCAUGCGAUCGUGCAGCGAGCCAUGGGAGAGAGCCUGGACUUCCCAGGAGACUAGGAUGGGUGGGAUAA